CUGACGCCGACCUUCCUCCUCUCUCUCUUUCCCCACAGGCCACAGGUCCUUCUCGCCCGAUUCCCGACGCGGCCGCCGCCCGCCGCCGCGAUGUCGUCGCCGGCAGCGACCGCGCCGUCUUCCUCUGGCGCGACACGGCCGCAGGCUCCGCCUGCGCCUCAGGAGCAGCAGGGCGCGUCGAAGGAGCGGCGGAUGGAGUCGCUGGGAUGGCUGACGGAGUCGGCGGUGAUGCCGAAGAAGCACAGGGCCAUCGAGGGCGUGGGCGCGGCCUCCAUCCUAGACCUCAAGGCCCAGCUCUACCGCACCCAGGAGGAGGCCCGCAACCCCGCCGCCCCCGGCGCCGUCGCGGCCGCCGCUUCCGGCGGGGAGUUCCGCCGCGCCAAGAUACGCUCCGCGCCCUCGGAUCCCCUCGGGGCCAAAAACUCCGGCGUUGACGCCCGAGCCCACAAAGAUAAGUUGGAACUUAAAGCCGUGAAGGAUGGUUCUGCAAGCUAUGCAGCUCUAGAAAAGAAAGCAGAGUUGUAUGAAAAAUUAUCCAGAGGCGAGCUACCUGAUGAAGAAGACAAGGAGAAAUACUGUGUGGAUUUCUUCCAAAAAAGUUUCGAUCAUGUCUACGAGCCUCAGAUGCCCGAUAGCAGGCACGGAGCCUCUGAUGCUGUAGAGCCAGUAAACGAUCAUGAGGAUUCUAUGUCAAAUGCCAAACCAAUGGGCCUUGGUCGAGCAGGCACUACAAUCGACAGAGAUGAGCACAAGCGCUUUGUGAGGGAGGUUCAUGAGGAAGUAAGCGAGGCAAGGCAGAAGGCUUCGACAGUGAGAUCUCGGCGACAAGAGCAGGAUGCUGCUCGUAGAGAGAAACUCAGGCAAGCUUACCUCAAGAAACGGCUGGAGAAGUUGAUUGCUGAAAAGCAGGCGUCUUCAGCCAGUGAUGACCUACCAGCUAGCUAGUGUAUUUUAUCGCAUUUCUUACAAGUAGCAGCUGCAGUAGAUCAUGCAACCAUGCAACUAAAUUGACCACGCUCUGCAAGUGUUUCUUUUUGAUCCAGGAAAGUCAAACUCAGGAAAUGAUGUAUGUACAGUUGGUCCUGCAGAAUAUUGUUGUACACAAAUCUAGGCAAUGGCAUCUUGAUUUUCCGAGAUAUUUGCUUUAUACUGUGACUGCAUAUUUCUUCAGCUUUAUUCCAAUUGCUAUGUUUGGUU